AUGAAUAAACCUACAUCCAUCUGUCCGUCCAGCGGCGUCUCUGAUUGGUUGUUGUUGUUGUCUCCAGGCGACACGGCGUUCGUGGUCCUGAGGAAGCAGAAGCUGCUGUUCCUGCACUGGUACCACCACAUCACGGUGCUGCUGUACUCCUGGUACUCCUACAAGGACAUGGUGGCGGGGGGGGGCUGGUUCAUGACCAUGAACUACUGCGUCCACGCGCUGAUGUACAGCUACUACGCGGCGCGCGCCGCCGGGCUGCGUGUGCCGCGGCCGCUGGCAGUCCUGAUCACCAGCGCCCAGAUAGGCCAGAUGUUCAUGGGCCUGACGGUUAGCGGUCUGGUCUACCGCUGGAUGCAGACCGGGGACUGCCCCUCGCACCUGGACAACAUCACCUGGGCCUCCCUCAUGUACCUCAGCUACCUGCUGCUCUUCUCCAACUUCUUCUACCACACAUACCUGCGCCGCCAGGACGCCAUCGCCAACGCCAAGACCUGCAAGGCUGAGUAGAGACUAUCUGACCCACUGGACCAACACCAAGACCUGCAAGGCUGAGUAGAGACUAUCUGACCCACUGGACCAACACCAAGACCUGCAAGGCUGAGUAGAGACUAUCUGACCCACUGGACCAGCACUAAGACUUUUUCACAUCCCUAGAAACCAGAAUGAAGUAGUUUUGUCCCAGAAUUGUCUUCAGGAAACUGUCCAACGCCCUGUGUCUGUCUUGGAGCGUCUCCGUGACCCUCCAAGUUGGAGAACUCCUUUUCAAGGGUCU